CUUCUGGUUUUCAUAACAGUAGCCCCCUCCAGUAGGGCUGAGGCAUGGGAGGAGCUUGCCCAAACUCAAAUAAACACUGACAUGCAGCAUCUUAUGAAGAUGUGCAGCCUCCACAGGACACACUGCAACAGCUGGAAGGACAAGCACUGAAACUCUCUGGCAAGAUGAUCAAGUCCUUCAAGCAAACAUUUCUGUCUCUGGACCUGCAGUCCCCUCGCUGGAGCUCAGCAGAGGCAAUGGCAAAGGACUAUGAACUGCGUCAGUACGAGACAGCCAAGUGGGUCAGCACGGUCAUCAGGGGGGAAAGCCAAAAGGAAGCAAUGCGCCAGGGCUUCUGGAAACUCUUCCACUACCUCCAGGGAAAGAACGAAAAAGAAAUGAAGAUUGAUAUGACUGUGCCAGUGACCUGCCUGGUAAAAUCAGGCUGCACAGACUUCAAGAUCUCUUUCUUUGUGCCAUUUGAACACCAGGACUGUCCCCCCCAGCCCACUGACUCCGAUGUGUUCAUUGAGGAACGGAAGGCAGCAGCUCUCUUUGUGCGGUCCUUUGGUGGAUUUGCUUCCCCAGAGAAGUAUGCUGAGGAAGCCAAUGCCUUGGCCAGAACCUUAAGAAACCGAGGCCAACCAUUCCACGAAGACUUCUUUUAUACUGCAGGCUAUGACAGCCCCUUCAAGCUCUUCAACAGGCAUAAUGAAGUGUGGUAUUUUAAAAAGUAACACAAUGGGAGAAUAUUAAGUGGCUACUAAUCAGCUCUGGAUGAAAACAGACCUUAUUAUUGGCUUUUUAGUGCAGAAGAGUUUUAAUUCACUUGUGGACACUGUCCAAAUAUAUUUUCUCUAGGAUGAAAUACUUUUCUGGAUAAAAACAUUUCAAAAUGUAAUUCAAAAUCAUACCAGAUGGAGUGGGUGGGAAAUGUAACAAAUUUACUCCUCCUACUGAAAGAUUCUAAGCCGCACUAAUAAUGUGAAAAUAAUCCUGCUGUAUUUUAAGUGUGUAGUUUAUUUCUCAUUAGAAGUGCUACAGCAGUAGUUGAAAUGUUAUGGAAAGGGAGUUCUUCAUAACUGACUUUCAUAUGCUGACUUUCCUCAUAUUGACAUCACCCCUGAGACCAGGGAGGAAUUUAAAUGAAUUUUUCAGAGAAGCAAGCUUCCCUUAAGGAGCAUUAGAAAGCAGAAACACAAUGGCAGGCCUUAGUGACUUUUAAACAGUAACUGUUAUUAAUUAGUAUUACGAAAAUCUCCCACCUCUCCAACUUUUUCCCCCCCUGAAGACCAAGUGUUGUGUUGUUUAAAUCCAGAACCCUUGGAAACAGGUUACCAGGUCCAAGCUGUACACUUGUUCUGAGAAGAUCUCCACCUCAAUAUGUAAUACCAGAAUUACUGGGUAUACUAUCAUUUUAGUAGCAAAUAGCCAAGUGUAGCUCUCUCAUUAAAACACUUGAAAUAAAUACUCCCUAACUUAUUUAGCUCUCUGAAAAAUAUGGUGACUUGCAGCCUGCACACCAGCAGUAUUUGACACCUCAGUUGAGACACUUGCAGGACUAGCAUCUAGCCUAGUUUAGUCCCUGCUCUA